AUGUCACUGUCAGGUUCGCAGACUCCAGAUGACAGCUUGUACGGUAAGUGUUUGGGGGACUGAGCUGGCGGGAGCGGUUACUUUGCGUCAAUGUAUAAAACAUUAUUUAUUGUUAUUGGGUCAAUGCAAAGUCUGGUCAAUGAUCAUUGAUUUGUGUUUUACUAUCAAAUGUUUAUAAAAUCCUUGUAACUUCCCUAUGAUUAAGCUUUCUCUGUGUUUACCAUAUGUAUAAACUAUGUUCAAGUGUUUUUCUAGUUUACAUUUUUUAUAAAUAAUUCCAAGAGGGGUCCAUCAGGAAAAGAACACUAUUGAUGUAUAAAUUAUUAUGUUCAUCCUUAGGCCUAUAAUGCUUAUGUGUUAGUAACAAUCAAUUAAUGAUGCAUGAACAGUGACCUCUUUCAUUAGAAGAAGGUUGUUUACUACAUUUUACUUAAUUCAUACACAACAUUUAUAUAAUCAUUAUCCAUGACAGAAUGCAUGGAUAAUGUGGACUUAAGAUGUGAGAAAAAGGGCGGGUUAGGGGAGAAAUGUUAGCACACCAGUUUGGAGUGACAUGUCAUUGUGUAAACGGAUUUCAUGACUCACCUUUUUCUAUCUCCCUAAACCAAUUAAACCCAGGAGAUUUCCCUGAGGCUUAUAGCUCACUGUACAGUUUGCUUAUAGCCUCUACAGUACAUGGGAGAUGUUGUCCAGCUGUCAAUGUAUACACAACUCAUACACAGAUGGGAAUAAUACAUGGGACAUGGUUAAACCGUAAACAGAUUUAGAAAGCCAUAAUAUCUAGGACAUAUACACAAAGCUUUGGAACGAGCACAACAACACAUUUGUGCUUUGUUUUUCAAGAACUAGGCCUAUAUUAACACACAUUACAUAAACCUGAUUGGCACUACUUCUAUGGAUGGAUACUAGAUUAUUGACAGGCAUUGGGUAUUGCUGCAGUGCAACCUGGACAAGGCCACAGAAAGAGAAAGAGAGAGAGAGAAACAGCAGGCUGGCAGCCAGUGAUUAUGUCAUAACUCUCUCUCUCUCUGGGAGGAAAACUAGGGCAACGGCACAGCUUCCCCUCUGCGCUCUCUUCUCCACCCCACUCUCCUCUAUUCAUAUGCCCUCUCCACUGUUGCUGUUUACAUGAUCUCUCACUUCCGUAAGUAAAUUUAUAAAAGGGGAAGAGACAAACAGAGAGGAUGAGUGUUGAUGAUGUUUGCAUGCAUGCGUUCCAGAGAGACAGAGAAUGAGAUAGGAGAGAGGAGAGGAAAGGAACUGCCCAGUGACGCGAGCCUACCAGACGACCUAAAUGCACUGAACAAAAAUAUAAACGCAACAAGUGUUGGUCUCAUGUUUCAUGAGCUGAAAUAAAAUAUCUCAGAAAUGUUCCAACUGAGAUUUAUUCCUGAUUAUUAUUUGACCAUGCUUGUCACUUAUGAACAUUUUUGAACAUCUUGGCAUGGUUCUGUUAUAAUCUCCACCCGGCACAGCCAGUAGAGGACUGGCCACCCCUCAUAGCCUGGUUCCUCUCUAGGUUUCUUCCUAGGUUUUCGCCUUUCUAGGGAGUUUUUCCUAGCCACCGUGCUUCUACACCUGCAUUACUAGCUGUUUGGGGUUUUAGGCUGGGUUUCUGUACAGCACUUCGAGAUAUUAGCUGAUGUAAGAAGGGCUAUAUAAAAUAAAAUUGAUUGAUUGAUUGAUUGAUAAUCUCAUACAGAAAUAAGAUCUUAUGUAAGCAGGCACUCUGUCAGGGCAUUCUGUCAGUGGUUGGCUCUGUUUGUUUGUGUUGGUGUGUGUUGUGUUCGUCCGUGUGCAUGUGUAGCAUGUGCUUAGCAUGGAACACUCAAACGAUGCAAUGGACUAGUUUCAGAGGGAGCAGUGAUGAGAUUUUCAUGUAAAACACCAGAAUCCAGUCGGUUUAAAGAUAAGUGCUAAAUGCAUUUUAAGGAAUAUAGUUCCUUAAAAUAUAUACAAUUCAUAAUGUGAUUCACACAAUAAACAAUGUUCACAAUGUUCACAAUAGGCCUAAUUAAAUGUCCAUACGUCGGGUAAAUAGUAUAUGGGUAUUUCAAUACCUCUGGAAAAUAGUCUAUGGGUAUUUCAAUACCUCGGGUAAAUAGUCUAUUGGUAUUUCAAUACCUCGGGUGCACCCUUCUAAUAUCAAUAAUCACUGGUAUAUCACCAGAUCAAUUCAAUAUAGAACUUCGCUAGCACAGACUAUGUUCCGGGAUUCAUCCAAUAACAUUGAGGAGUUUACCACAUCAGUCACCGGCUUCUUUAAUUAGGGCAUCGACGAGGUCAUCCCCACAGUGACCAUACAUACAUAUCCCAACCAGAAGCCAUGGAUUACAGGAAACAUCCGCACUGAGCUAAAGGCUAGAGCUGCCACUUUCAAGGAGCGGGACACUAAUCCGGACUCUAAAAGAAAUCCCGCUACGACCUCCGACGAGCCAUCAAACUUGCAAACGUCAAUGUAGGACUAAGAUCGAAACCUACUACGCCAGCUCUGACGCUUGUCGGAUGUGGCAGGGCUUGCAAACUAUCUCGGAUUACAAAGGGAAACCCAGUCGCGAACUGCCCAGUGACGCGAGCCUACCAGACGACCUAAAUGCACUGAACAAAAAUAUAAACGCAACAAGUGUUGGUCUCAUGUUUCAUGAGCUGAAAUAAAAUAUCUCAGAAAUGUUCCAUAUGCACAUAAAGCUUAUUUCUCUCAAAUGUUGUGCACACAUUUGUUCACAUCCAUGUUAGUGAGCAUUUCUCCUUUGCCAAGAUGAUCCAUCCACCUGACAGGUGUGGCAUAUCAAGAAGCUGAUUAAACAGCAUGAUCAUUACACAGGUGCACCUUGUGCUGGGGACAAUAAAACACCACUCUAAAAUGUGCAGUUUUGUCACAACACAAUGCCACAGAUGUCUCAAGUUUUGAGGGAGCGUGCAAUUGGCAUGCUGACAGCAGGAAUGUCCACCACAGCUGUUGUCAGAGAAUUAAAUGUUUAUUUCUCCAAUGUUGUUUUAGAGAAUUUGGCAGUACGUCCAACCGGCCUCACAACCGCAGACCACGUGUAACCACGCCAGCCCAGGACCUCCACAUCCGGCUUCUUUACCAGCGGGAUCGUCUGAGACCAGCCACCCGGACAGCUGAUGAAACUGUGGUUUUGCACAACUGAAGAAUUUCUGCACAAACUGUCAGAAACCAUCUCAGGGAAGCUCAUCUGCGGGCUCGUCGUCCUCACCAGGGCCUUGAAAAAGUUCCCUUAGUAAUUAGCAUAGGUAGCGCAAGUUACAUAGACUAACAUGGUAAAAAGUUAGCAUUAGCCCGGUAACGCGGUGCAAAGACAGUAGCUUCAUGAAAAAUUAAACAUACUAAUUUAAUGGUCCACAAACUCAUGCAACCAGUCUCAGGACGAGCCCCAACUGAACUGUAGUAUAGAUCCAUUACACUUUGUGAUACAAAAUGGGAAAGGGAAACCGGGAUUGUUUUAUUUUUUAUUUAUUAAUAUAUACAGUAGUAUAUAUACAGUAAUAUAUAUAUAUAUACAUAUAUAUAUAUGUAUAUAUUUAUUUAUUAUUUUUAUUAUUAUUACCCUACCAACUAACCCUAUACUAAUUAAAACCCAUCACAUUAUUCCACUACUUUAACCCUAUCUGAUCCUACCCCAGGCCAAUGGCCUGAGAGGACUGGACACUACCACUCAACACACGCUGUAACUCUUCUGAAGUCAAAUCUCGUACCCCCAAGUACUUCUCUGCAGCGGCCACCACAACAUCUAUUUUGUGUGAUUUACGUUCCAUUUCUGCGGUACAGUUGAUAACCAUUGCUAUGAACGCUAAGAAGCCAACCUUACUGAAGCAAACAGUACCAGUCAAGAGUUUGGACACACCUACUCAUUCAAGGGUUUUUCUUUAUUUGUACUAUUUUUACAUUAUAGAAUAAUAGUGAAGAUAUCAAAACUAUGAAAUAACACAUAUGGAAUCAUGUAGUAACCAAAAAAGUGUUAAACAAAUCAAAAUAUAUUUUAUAUUUGAGAUACUUCAAAUAGCCACCCUUGAUGACAGCUUUGCACACUCUUGGCAUUCUCUCAGUCAGCUUCACCUGGAAUGCUUUUCCAACAGUCUUGAAGGAGUUCCCACAUAUGCUGAGCAUUUGUUGGCUGCUUUUCCUUCACUUUGCUGUCUGACUCAUCCCAAACCAUCUCAAUUGGGUUGAGGUCAGGGGAUUGUGGAGGCCAGGUCAUCUGAGGCAGCACUCCAUCACUCUCCUUCUUGGUAAAAUAGCCCUUACACAGCCUGGAGGUGUGUUGGGUCAUUGUCCAGUUGAAAAACAAAUGAUAGUCCCACUAAGCUCAAACCAGAAUGGAUGACGUAUCACUGCAGAAUGCUGUGAUAGCCAUGCUGGUUAAGUGUGCCUUGAAUUCUAAAUAAUUCACAGACAGUGUCACCAGCAAAGCACCCCCACACCAUAACACCUCCUCCUCCAUGCUUUACGGUGGGAACUACACAUGCUGAGAUCAUCCGUUCACCCACACCGCGUCUCACAAAGACACAGCGGUUUGAACCAAAAAUCUCAAAUUUGGACUCCAGACCAAAUGACACAUUUUGACUGGUCUAAUGUCCAUUGCUCGUGUUUCUUGGCUCAAGCAGGUCUCUUCUUCUUAUUGGUGUCCUUUAGUAGUGGUUUCUUUGCAGCAAUUCGACCAUGAAGGCCUGAUUCACACAGUCCCCUCUGAACAGUUGAUGUUGAGAUGUGUCUGUGACUUGAACUGAACUCUGUGAAGCAUUUAUUUGGGCUGCAAUUUCUGAGGCUGGUAACUCUAAUGAACUUAUCCACUGCAGCAGAGGUAACUCUGGGUCUUCCAUUCCUGUGGCGGUCCUCAUGAGAGCCAGUUUCAUCAUAGCGCUUGAUGGUUUUUGCGACUGCACUUGAAGAAACUUUAAAAGUUCUUGAAAUGUUCCGUAUUGACUGACCUUCAUGUCUUAAAGUAAUGAUGGACUGUCGUUUCUCUUUGCAUAUUUGAGCUGAUCUUGCCAUAAUAUGGACUUGGUAUUUUACCAAAUAGGGUAUCCAUGAUUAGCUGUUCAGGAGUCUUAUGGCUUGGGGGUAGAAGCUGUUGAGAAGUCUUUUGGAUCUAGACUUGGCAGUCCGGUACCGCUUGCCGUGCGGUCGCAGAGAGAACAGUCUAUAACUAGAGUGGGUGGAGUCUUUGACAAUUUUGUGGGCCUUCCUCUGACACCGCCUGGUAUAGAGGUCCUGGAUGGCAGGAAGCUUGGCCCCAGUGAUGUACUGGGCUGUACGCUCUACCCUCUGUAGUGCCUUGCGGUUGGAGGCCGAGCAGUUGCCAUACCAGGCGGUGAUGCAACCAGUCAGGAUGCUCUCGAUGGUGCAGCUGUAGAACUUUUUGAGGAUCUGAGGACCCAUGCCAAAUCUUUUCAGUCUCCUGAGGGGGAAUAGGCUUUGUCGUGCCCUCUUCACGACUGUCUUGGUGUGUUUGGACCAUGAUAGUUCAUUGGUGAUGUGGACACCAAGGAACUUGAAGCUCUCAACCUGUUCCACUACAGCCCCGUCGAUGAGAAUGGGGGCGUGCUCAGUCUCUUUUCUUUUUCCUGUAGUCCACAAUCAUCUCCUUUGUCUUGGUCACGUUGAGGGAGAGGUUGUUAUCCUGGCACCACACGGCCAGGUCUCUGACCUCCUCCCUAUAGGCUGUCUCAUCAUUGUCGGUGAUCAGGCCUACCACUGUUGUGUCGUCGGCAAACUUAAUGAUGGUGUUGGAGUCGUGCCUGGCCAUGCAGUCAUGGGUGAACAGGGAGUACAGGAGGGGACUGAGCACGCACCCCUGAGGGGCCCCCGUGUUGAGGAUCAGCGUGGCAGAUGUGUUGUUACCUACCCUUACCACCUGGGGGCGGCCCGUCAGGAAGUCCAGGAUCCAGUUGCAGAGGGAGGUGUUUAGUCCCAGGAUCCUUAGCUUAGUGAUGAGCUUUGAGGGCACUAUGGUGUUGAACGCUGAGCUGUAGUCAAUGAAUAGCAUUCUCAUGAAGCUGGUUGAGAGAAUGCCAAGGGUGUGCAAAGCUGUCAUCAAGGCAAAGGGUGGCUAUUUGAAGAAUCUCAAACAUAGAAUAUAUUUUGAUUUGUUUAAAACUUUUUUGGUUACCACAUGAUUCCAUAUGUAUUAUUUAAUAGUAUUGAUGUCUCCCCUUGUCACGGAUUCAGCCGAGGCUGCUCCUCCUCCUUGCUCGGGCAGGCUUUGGCGUUCGUCGUCCCCGGAGUACUAGCUGCUGCCGAUCUAUGUUUCGGUGUUUGUCUUGUUUGGUCUUUAUUGUUUACACCUGUUUCCCAUUAUGUUUUAUUGUGUUCCCUUUAUAACCCUCUGUUUCUCAUUGUGUAUUGUGCGUAAUUGUUUUGGUCUUUUCGGCAGUUGCCCAUGUGUGCGGGUUGUAUCGUUCCUCUCUGUAUGAGGUUGCCUUUGUACUUUGGAUUUGCACUGUAUCCAGUAAAGUAUCUGCCAGUAGCUCGGUGUCCUGCGCUUGACUUCGCCUACUGCAUACACGUCGCUUUGACACCCCUAUUAUUCUACAAUGUAAAACAAUACAAAUAAAAUGAAUGAGUAGGUGUGUCCAGACUUUUGACUGGUAGUGUAUAUCACUCAUUGGUCUAUCCCUCUGUGCUGGCACAGAUCUACUAUUCACAGGGAUCCUCUCAGAAUCCCUCACCCUUGACCCAUCCUCCUCUACUUUCUUCACUGCCUCAGCAAACGACACCUUCUGCACUACUCCUCAACCUGCCUCUCUCGCACCGUACACUUCCGAUCCCCUGCAACAUGUGUACCCCUACAGUUGACACACACACAACUUUAUCCACCAAAACUACACAAUCCUCUAUCCCAUGCCCUCCUGCACACUUCCCACAUCUUGGAAUCUCCCUCCUACACACUGCUGUGACAUGACCAUAAACGUUGCACCUGAAACAGCGCAGUGUAUUCGCCAAAAACACUCUAACAGGAUAAUUGAUAUAUCCUAACAUGACCUUGUCGGGUAAAGACUCUGAUAAAAACUCAAAAGGACUGACAGUGACUCCUCUGUUUCACCAUGCUCACCACCGGGUCUGCGUCGCACCAAACGGCAGGCGUCACAAACACCAGGAAUCUUCAACUUCAAUUGCUCCACUUCCACACUUAAUGCUACCCCAGAAAUCACUCCUUUCAAUAGUGCCCUGUUCCUAAGAGCAAAGCAAAAAACAGAUCUUGACCCAAGUUGCGUCGCACGGAGCGCCUGCUCCCCCUGAUCUGAAGAAACACAAACAAACAUCACAAGACCCCUUCGAGUUGCCUUCACCGACUCAACAGCACCCACCAUCUUUUCCAUCCAACCUGGUUCCACCCUCCUCAAAAAUCUAAUUCCCACUGGACCAAACAUAUCUUUAUCAUCCAUCAAUGCAAGGCUUGGGCUCCGAGCUCCUCACAAUAGCUUCUACCCCUUCCAUUUCACCUCCAGAACUCGAACUAGCUUCCGGCUCACCCUGUUUGAACCAGACACCAAUCUUCCUCGACAUACCCUCUCCCUUGUUAUUGCUAGCGUCAACAGAUUCAAACCCAUCCUCUGCCUCCCUCAGUAUUUUCAACCUCUCUCUUUCCCUCCAAUCCUCCUCCCAUAACCAAUUACCCGACUCCUUCUGAAAAUAUUAAACUUUUCCAAGCUGAAAUCUCCUUCUAGCCUCCUAGAGACAUGCUUAAGCCCUGUACUCCCUCCACUUCAAACACAAAUAUCUAAGUUUCACUCGUUAUUUAUUUUAAUUAAGAUUUUUUUACAAUCAAGAAGAGCAGAAAGUCUGUCUAAAAUUGCGCAUCCUCUGCAGGGCUUGCUCGAGAUUGAAGAUGAUUGAGCUGUCAAUCAAAGGCACUUCUGAUUGGUUAGGUCGUUUCACUCAUAACUAUAAAGAUAUUUAAAGGGAUACUUCGCUUAGCAUCUGACCGCAAGGUGGUGUCAGAGGAAGGCCCUAAAAAUUGUGAAAGACUCCAGCCACCGAAGUCAUAGACUGUUCUCUCUUCUACCGCAUGGCAAGCGGUACUGAUGCAACAAGUCUAGAACCAACAGCACCCUGAAGAGCUUCUACCCCCAAGCCAUAAGACUGCUAAAUAGUUAGUUAAAUCAUUAACCAAUAGCUACCCAGAAUAUCUGCAUUGACCCUUUUUGCACUAACUCUUUUGACUGAUCACAUACUAUUUUUCUAUUAUUUCUCUUUUUCUCUCUCUGCAUUGUUGGGAAGUCAGUAAGCAUUUCACUGUUGUUUAUGAAGCAUGUGACAAAUAAAAAUGGAUUUGAUUUGAAUUGCUGGAAGUCUCCAGGAACAACUAGCCAGCUCCUCUCAAAAGCAGGGAAAUAUACCUUCUAACUACUCAAAAGCUGGGUGGUUGGUCAUUUAUAGUCUUACUACAUAGUAAUCGAUAUUUGAUAAAUUCUUAAAUUUGACUGAUAAUCGGAAGAAACAGAUUCUAUUUACUUCCUCAUAUUCUGUCCCGUUGUUGAAUAGAGAUGUAUAAAUAUCACAACAUUGUAUCUGUCCCAUCAUUGCGUAUUUGAGCGCACGGGCAGCGCCAUUGAGACAGAUACACCGCUUUACUGGUGUAAGCCACCUGGCAGGGAUUGUAAAAGAGGUACAUGACAGCUAUUUAUAUUUAUUAUGUGUGAAUUGUUUCGUAAUGUUGUCUAGUUAUUAUUACUGCACUGUUGGAGCUAGAAACACAAGCAUUUAGCUAGGUAUUACUACACUGUUGGAGCUAGAAACACAAGCAUUUAGGUAGGUAUUACUGGACUGUUGGAGCUAGACACACAAGCAUUUCACUGCACCUACGAUAACAUCUGCAAAUCUCUGUACGCUACCAAUAAACUUAGAUUUGAAUUGAUUUGACAAGACCAUAACUCGCUUCAACUUUUUUUUUUACCAUGUAUGAUGAACUUAAAUGUUGUAUAGAUCUUUUCCCCAUAAAAGCACAUGGAUGUGUGUGAAACGGAUCAGCAAAAACGUGGGAUUUUGUCAUACAGUUGAACUCUGAAGUUUACAUACACCUUAGCCAAAUACAUUUAAACUCAGUUUUUCACAAUUCCUGACAUUUAAUCCUAGUAAAAAUUCCCUGUCUUAGGUCAGUUAGGAUCACCACUUUAUUUUAAGAAUGUGAAAUGUCAGAAUAAUAGUAGAGAGAAUUAUUUCUUUCAGCUUUUAUUUCUUUCAUCACAUUCCCAGUGGGUCAGAAGUUUACAUACACUCAAUUAGUAUUUGGUAGCAUUGCCUUUAAAUUGUUUAACUUGGGUCAAACAUUUUGGGUAGCCUUCCACAAGCUUCCCACAAUAAGUUGGGUGAAUUUUGGCCCAUUCCUCCUGACAGAGCUGGUGUAACUGAGUCAGGUUUGUAGGCCUCCUUGCUCGCACACGCUUUUUCAGUUCUGCCCACAAAUGUUCUAUAGGAUUGAGGUCAGGGCUUUGUGAUGGUCACUUCAAUACCUUGACCUUGUUGUCCUUAAGGCAUUUUGCCACAACUUUGGAAGCAUGCUUGGGGUCAUUGUCCAUUUGGAAGACCCAUUUGAGACCAAGCUUUAACUUCCUGACUGAUGUCUUGAGAUGUUGCUUCAAUAAGCAUGAUGCUGCCACCCCCAUGCUUCACGGUUGGGAUGGUGUUCUUCGGCCAAACAGUUCUAUUUUUGUUUCAUCAGACCAGAGAACAUUUCUCAAAAAAGUACGAUCUUUGUCCCCAUGUGCAGUUGCAAACCGUAGUCUGGCUUUUUAAUGGCGGUUUUGGAGCAGUGGCUUCUUCCUUGCUGAGCGGCCUUUCAGGUUAUGUCGAUAUAGGACUCUUUUUACUGUGGAUAUAGAUACUUUUGUACCUGUUUCCUCCAGCAUCUUCACAAGGUCCUUUGCUGUUGUUCUGGGAUUGAUUUGCACUUUUCGCACCAAAGUUCAUUAAUCUCUAGGAGACAGAACGUGUCUCCUUCCUGAGCGGUAUGACGGCUGCGUGGUCCCAUGGUGUUUAUACUUGCGUACUAUUGUUUGUACAGAUGAACAUGGUACCUUCAGGCAUUUGGAAAUUGCUCCCAAGUAUGAACCAGACUUGUGGAGGUCUACAAUUUUUUUUCUGAGGUCUUGGCUGAUUUAUUUUUAUUUUCCCAUGAUGUCAAGCAAAGAGGCACUGAGUUUGAGGGUAGGCCUUGAAAUACAUCCACAGGUACACCUCCAAUUCACUCAAAUUAUGUAAAUUAGCCUACCAGAAGCUUCUAAAGCCAUGACAUCAUUUCUGGAAUUUUCCAAGCUGUUUAAAGGCACAGUCAACUUAGUGUAUGUAAACUUCUGACCCACUGGAAUUGUGAUACUGUGAAUUAUAAGUGAAAUAAUCUGUCUGUAAACAAUUGUUGGAAAUAUUACUUGUGUCAUGCACAAGGUAGAUGUCCUAACCGACUUGCCAAAACUAUAGUUUGUUAACAAGACAUUUGUGGAGUGGUUGGAAAACAAGUUUUAAUGACUCCAACCUAUGUGUAUGUAAACUUCCGACUUCAACUGUAUAUGCGAAAACGUGCCUCUUGAACUUUGUCUAACGUUAGUAGUUAGUGGCCUAGUCAAGGAUGCAUCAUGUAAUAUUGGCACACUACAAUUGUGGAACAAAAUUAAACCUUGAAUUUCGAGGUUUAAAAUAUCCCUCUGGUGGCCAAGUUGACCUAUUUUAAGAAAUGCCAUUGGUUGAUGGAUACGGAAUUUGUUACAGGAAAUAAUCGCUGACUGCUGGUCAGGAUAGCAAGAGGCUAAAUGUGCCAGGUUAUCUAAUAGGAAGAGCUAACAUGUAGUGUUGUUUCACAUGCAACUACGUCAACAAUUUUAAUUGGCAGAUGCCAAGUAUGGAUCCGAGGGGUAUACUACAAAGCAGGAUCGAUGAAUUAGCCAGCUAACUUUGACAAACAACCAAUAGCUGUUGAUUUUCUAGUUCAUUAAGAAAGCUAAACUUAAUUAAAACCGGGUGGUUUGAGCUCUGAAUGGUGAUUGGCUGAAAGCUGUGGUAUACCAUGGGUAUGACCAAAAAUUAAUUAUAUUGGUAACCAGUUUAUAAUAGCAAUAAUGCACCUCGGGGGUUUGUGGUAUAGGGCCAAUAUACCAUGGCUAACGACUGUAUCCAGGCAUAAGAACAGCCCUUAGCCGUGGUAUUUUGGCCAUCCACCACACCCCCUCGUGCCUUAUUGCUUAAUUUCAAGGUUAUUUUGUGUAUAACCUUCUGCAUUACGUGUCUUAACCUUAAGACAGCCGUCUACUGUAAUGAUAAAGCAACAACAGACAACUAAACAAUCUGUUUAGAUCAAAUAAAAUAAAAUGUUAUUGGUCGCGUACACAUAUGUUGCAGCUGUUAUCACAGGUGCAGCGAAAUGCUUAUGUUUCUAGCUCCAACAGUACACUAUACCUAACAAUACAAAACAAUACACACAAAUCCCAAAAAUGUAAAUAAAGAAAUGAAGAAAUAUCAUAUAUAUAAUGGUGUGUAUAGGCAGUAUGGACAGUAUAUGAAUAGGUAAGGUGUGUACAGCAUUAGUUAUAUAGGAUGAGCCUUGACUAGAAUACAGUAUAUACAUAUGAUGUGGGUAAAACAGUAUGUAAACAUUAUUAAAGUGACCAGUGUUCAAUGACUAUGUACAUAGGGCAGCAGUCACUAAGGUGCACCUUAGAGUUCUGGGUGGUAGCCGGCUAGUAACAGUGACUAAGUUCAGGGCAGGGUACCAGGUGGUAGCUGGCUAGUAACAGUGACUAAGGUCAGGGUACUGGGCGCAGGCUGGCUAGUGGUGACUAUUUAACAGUCUGAUGGCCUGGAGAUAGAAGCUGUUCUUCAGUCUCUCGGUCCCAGCUUUGAUGCACCUGUACUGUCUCCGUCUUCUAGAUGGUAGCGAGGUGAACAGGGCAUGGCUCAGGUGGCUGAGGUCCUUGAGGAUCUUCUGGGCCUUCCUGUGACACAGCGUGCUGUAGAUGUCCUGGAGGGCAGGCAGAUAGACUUAUCUGUCUAUUUUUAGUGUGCUCAUGCUGUGUCCCUCACCUGCAUGGCUGCUGGCUGAUAGACAGUGUUGCCAAACCCUCCUGGUUUAGCCUACAGUCUUCCAGAAUUGGGCUUUAGUAAAGUUAUUCCGGGAGAUUGAAUACGAUUUAAUAAGAUUAACUGAAAUGUAAACUAUGGAAUGUUCCAGAAUUACCUCAGCUCUCAGUUGGCAACAUUGCUGACAGGUUGCAUGUCUCUGUCUCUGUCUCUCUCUCUCAAACACACACACACACAAAAACACACACAAACACACACAAACACACACACACACACACACACACACAUAGGCUCGUGGGUGGAGCUGGAGGAGCUGCUUUCAGCAGUGAGCAGCAGGGAGAGUCUGACAGGACAAGAACAGGACACAGCCUCCUGGGCCCUGCAGGGGGAGCUACAGAGGAUCCUGCUAGAGGCACAGCUCGAGAGUAAAGACAGGUUAGUAGCUGAGAGGAGUUAUAACAGGUUAGUAGCCUUCCCACAAACAUAAAUAAGACACGCUUUAUGCCUCUCUUUCUUUCUCUGUCUCCCUCUUUUUCUCUCCCACUCUGUGUGUGUGUGUGUGUGUGUGUGUGUGUGUGUGUGUUUACGUUGUUACUGAGAAGUCCUGUUGACUUGCUCUCUGUGUUCAGUCCUCCACAUGUGGUGACUCCUCCACAGACCGUUGCUUCCCCUCCCCACAGUGAAGGCAGCAGCAGUACAGACUGUGUUACCAUACAGGUACGAAACAAACACACAAAACACUCACAUAACAUAUUUUACUGUAGCAGUAGCAAUCCUCUGCUACUAGAUAGCUUUAACACCACACAAGUCUGUGUUUUCAUGAUGGCAACUGUACUUGUUAAUUGACAUUUAACUUUCCCUCUCUUCUCCCGUCUCAGUCCGAAGAAGAAGGGGAGAGGGGGCUGAGUUCUGAGUGGGUAUGGGACUGGUCCAGUCGGCCCGAGAACCUUCCACCAAAGUAAGAACCUACGCAUAUAAUUGGAAUGGCUCCGAAUUGAUUUUCAUUGUAAUUCAUUCUAAUUCCGUUGACCUCCAUUGACCAGUUGCACUGUAAACAAAUUAACUUACACACACACACACACACACACACACAGUACUUGUGUCACGAUCGUCUAACAGAGAUGAGGACCAAGGCGCAGCGUUGCAGGCAAACAUACUCUUUAUUAGAGACACGAUCAAAAACAACAAAACGAUAACGUGACAGUUCACGGUCUAACACAACAGACUAGAAACAAGAUCCCACAAACUCUGUGGGGAAACAGGCUGCUAAAGUAUGGUUCUCAAUCAGAGACAACAAGCAACAGCUGAAUCACGUUGCCUCUGAUUGAGAACCACACUGGCCAACAUAGAACAACAAUACUAGAAUGUGAAACCUAGAACAAAACACAUAGACUUUACACACCCUGGCUCAACAUAUUAGAGUCCCCAGAGCCAGGGCGUGACAGUCCCCCCCCCUAAAGGCGCGGACUCCGACCACGCCCACCAAAUACCACAGGGGAGGGACCGGGUGGGCACUCCGCUUAGGCGGCGGAUCCGGCUCCGGGCCUGAUCCCCGCUCCCUCUCCAACCCAACAAAGUACCCCUGGUCCGGUCUGGCCCCGCUGGCCCGGAGCUGGACUGCACACUGGUGGAGCGGAUUGCUCUAGCUCCGGCGUGAAGCAUCUGACCGGUGCCGGACCAGCCACCGGUGGAACAGGCACGGGCCGUGCCGGACUGACGAUGCACACCACUGGCUUGGUGUGGGGAGCAGGAGCGGGCCGAGCCGGGCUGACGAAACGCACCACUGACUUGGUGCGGGGAGCAGGAGCGGGCCGGACCGGGCUGACGAAGCGCACCACUGACUUGGUGCGGGGAGCAGGAACGGGCCGAGCCGGGCUGACGAAGCGCACCACUGACUUGGUGCGGGGAGCAGGAACGGGCCGAGCCGGGCUGACGAAGCGCACCACUGACUUGGUGCGGGGAGCAGGAACGGGCCGAGCUGGGCUGACGAAACGCACCACUGACUUGGUGCGGGGAGCAGGAAUGGGCCGGACUGGGCUGGCGACGCGCACCACAGGCUUGGUGCGAGUGGCAGGAACAGGCCGGACCAUACUGGGAACACACACCACUGGCCCUACGUGGGGAUCAGGAACAGGCCGGACCGGACUGGCAACACACCCCAGUACCUCUCGCCGUGCCUCUACACCUUCCAUCCCCUCUUCGACCAGUGGCCCCCGUAACCUGGCGGCCUCCUCUGCCAACCCGCUGGGCCGCUCUAUCGUGGCCUCCUGCUGCCCCGACGUCGUGAGCCCCCCCCUAAAAAUUUUCUGGGAGUCUCUCUUCCCCGUGGGCCAGGCCUCUAUAGUUCUCGCCCAACUCUCGCUCUUCUGCUUCCAAUUCCCGCCAUUCAGCUCCUCAUUCGGCUUGACCCAGUCGAAGCUCUUCCUCCACUGUUCCCAAGUCCACCCUCUCUGCUCCUCACUAGGCUGCUUGGUCCAGUUCUGGUGGGAUCUUCUGUCAUGAUCGUCUAACAGAGAUGAGGACCAAGGCGCAGCGUUGCAGGCAAACAUACUCUUUAUUAGAGACACGAUCAAAAACAACAAAACGAUAACGUGACAGUUCACGGUCUAACACAACAGACUAGAAACAAGAUCCCACAAACUCUGUGGGGAAAUAGGCUGCUAAAGUAUGGUUCUCAAUCAGAGACAACAAGCAACAGCUGAAUCACGUUGCCUCUGAUUGAGAACCACACUGGCCAACAUAGAACAACAAUACUAGAAUGUGAAACCUAGAACAAAACACAUAGACUUUACACACCCUGGCUCAACAUAUUAGAGUCCCCAGAGCCAGUGCGUGACAACUUGGCUGCUUCGAACAAGCAUUGACUCGUGAGGGGCCUGUGGAUGUGCUAGAGGGAAUGUAGUCAUUAUUUUGAUACAUAAUGAAUAAAAACGUGUACAGUAGCAUUGAAACAUGACAGAAAAUAUAUCUCCAUUACGCGUGAACAUGACAUAUGAUAGUCUUCUACAGUCAUGAAGGUAUGUUUCUCCUCAUGGUAUGAGACCAGGGACGCAAGAUCAGGGACAUGUCCCCCCCACAUUCUGAAACUGCAUCUUUGUACCCCCCAGUUUUAUCAUCCGAAUGUGAUACAAAUGAGCCAACGAUGUGCUUUAGGACCAUGCGGACACCUCUGAGCGGUUGGGUAGGCUGUUUGGAGUGUUUAUCCGACUGGAUAAAACAUUUAAAUAAUCAUAAUCAUAAUUAUGUUCCCCCCAAUUCUAAAACCAAAGUUGCAGCCCUGUAUGAGACUACUGAAUUUCCUCCAGAGAAAUCUCCUUUUAUCUUGAGUAACAAAACAAGACAAAACAUGUUUCAGUAAUGUAUUCCCCCUCUCUCCUUCUCUUCCUCCUUUCUCCCCCCCCCCCCCCCCCAGGGAGUUUGUGUUCCAGCACCCGAAGCAGCAGUCGGGCUCCCUGAGCGUAAGGAAGAGUGAGGUGAUGAAGAGAGGCCUGUUUUCCUCCGACGUCCUCAUGAUCCUCAUCCCCUCACUGCUGGUCUCACAUCUUCUCACACUGGGAGUGGGGUAAGACACACACACACAGUGGAAUACAUAUACACGCACGCACAAAUAUAACAGACAAGUACAGGCCAUAUUAGCUACCAACAGAGAUAAUGAGAUACAGUUUGUCUUAGUAAUGGUAAUGAAGUAGCCUACUAUUUGGCCACCAGCACCUGAUCGUUUCCUAAUGGCAGCAAUUUAUUUUUAUACAACAACCAGGUAAAUGUGCAUAAAGAUUCAAGUUAUAAGUAAUGUGUUAUUUUUAUCCUUCAAUAUUAGCAGUAUAUUUCUCUCUCCCUUUCUCAGGAUCUACAUAGGGAAGCGAUUGGCUGCCUCUACAACUAGCACU